AUGACGCUGACCCAUGCGAACGAGAUGGAGAAGCUGCAUGCGGCACAGGACAUCAUCAACGAAGAACGGACGGUCAAGGACGCUUUACAACAUCAAGUCUCGACGCUGCAUCAAGUCAAUGACGCGUUGCAAAAGCGUUGUGAUGCCCUCGUCCGUCGCUAUCAGCUGAACGCGACCUUUCUCGCCGAUGUAGGCCCUGCGUUGGUUUGA